GGACAGGAAGAAUCCUUCCCCUGUUUGUCUUCCAGUGACAUCAUCCAGCCCAGUUGCAUGCUGGAUAGUGACCCGAUUGGCUGGGAACCCCAGUGCAUCCUGGGGAGAAAGGGUGUGCCUGACUUUGGAGCCAAAAGCACAGGGUCUCCCAGGAAGAGAGCUGAGAGAGCCAGCGUGAGUAGCUGUAAGAUUGUGAGGUGCAGAGAAGAAGCUGCUGAAUCUGGGGAGAUUGAGCCCAGCCUGUCCCCUGCCAAGUUGCUGCAAACUCAGAAGGAGAAAGGUGCCACUAGUGAGACUGAUUCUGCUGCAGAGCUGUGUGUGAUCUCCUGUGUGAAUUCCUCUGAGAGCACCCCGGUGAGUGAGCCACCCAAGGGAGGAUACUGGCACGGAUACAAGCGUGGGGCCCCAUACUGAAGACAGCUGUUAACCCUUUACCUGCUACAAGAGAGCUGCUGCCAACAUUCAAAAGGGAGAGGUACUUUUGGGGAAUAAGGUAGCGCUACCUGGGGAGUAAGAGCUCUGGGGAAGGGACAAUCAUUUGAACUGUGUGAUUAUUAACCCCUUCAGGAGGAUUGGGACUGUGAUAUCUACCAAGGACUGUGUGAAGCAACAGUUAAGCACCUAAUAGUGGUUUAGGGAGUGUCCCACGUGUCCCCAGUGUAGGAGUGCAGAGUGUAUUAGUUGCCCAAGUGUUUACUUUUUGUUUAUAUAAAGUUUAUAUUGGUUCAAAUUGCAAACUGUGUGUUUUAUUAUUCCUAGUGUAACCCCCUGAGGUGUCUUCCUCAGUGUUCACUAGGUGGAGGCACUGCGCUGUAAUUCCCAGUUCCCAGUACUUUUCAAUGCAAAAGGGACUCAGGGCCCCUGGAUUGCCAAGGGUAAGUGGUGAUUUAAAGAGACAGUAACCAAAUUAGUGUUACAUUUUGGAGGCACUGCUGAGAUGUCGACUGGGAAGCUGGAUAUGUUUGAUGAAAAUAUGUCUUCAUUUGAAACUCCACAAACUGUUCGCCAGUGGUGUACUGCAUUGGGACUUAACCCUCGAAAGGUUGCCGCUGUAGGGCCUAUGGUGCCCAGAGUGAAAGAAGAAUUUAUUUACCAAAUUCUCGAUGGGGAACAGACUUUUUACCGCCCAAGAGUGGCUGCGUCACGGAGAGAUUCUGCUGGGGUCCUACUAAAUGUUCUUAUAGAAAGCCCUAAAGAGAUAGAUCGUGACCGGGUUCCCCCUGAUAUUGAUGCUGAAAGUGAAGGGCCCUGGAAGAUUGUUCUGCCUGAUAUGUCUGAUGAUGCAGAUGAGUUAACUUCCCAGGGUGAUGCCCUUACUACUCAGUAUGCUGUGAAGGCACAGGAAAGUGUGCUGCGGGACAAGACAUUGUUUGAUUCACCAGCUGGGAAGAGUCAAGUAAAGAGAUGUCCAUCCUGUGAGAGCGUGGUCUCCAAGGGGAGUCGGCAUAGCUCUGGUUGCCGGCUGGAUACCCCAGAGAUUGUGAGCGCGCUGGGACAACUGACUGACCAACUAACACAGCUGGCCUGGAAUGGUAAUUUUAAGAGACUUAAAGUGUUUUCCGGCACAGAUCCUGUACCUACUGGUGAAGAGUCCUUUGAGAGCUGGAGAGACUCCACUGUUGUGUCCGUGAGAGAUUGGACUGGCCCCGAGACAACUAUGAGAAGGAAGAUCCUUGAGAGUCUCCGCAGUCCUGCCGUGGAUGUUGUUAAAUCCUAUAUGGUUGGCCACCCUGAUGCUACUUCAGGUGAUCUGAUUGAAGUCCUGGAGGUGACGUUUGGCCCUGUAGAGAGUGCUACAGAGAUGCUUCAUCGCUUCCACUCUACCUUUCAAAAAGAGAAGGAAGAUUUGUCUGUUUAUCUUGUGCGGCUAGAACAAGGCCUGAGACUGCUAGUGAGCCGUGGUGCAAUUUCAUACGGUGAAAUGGAUCCUCUGAGAAUUCGCCAAUUAAAGAGAGGGACCCUGAAUAGUGACCCUGUUGCCAUGACAAUUAGAGCACACUACCAGGAUAAGUUACCCCCUGGGUACAUUGCUCUGAUGGAGAGAGUGCGGCGAGAGGAGGCGGAUGCCUAUGUGAGGGUCAGACGAAGUCCCACUUCAGGGCAUACAGAGAAAUCCCCUGCUGAUGCUAAACUGUUGGAGGAAAACAAGAAGCUUCGCAAAGAGUUGGGGGAGUUAAAAGCUCAACUGUCAGAGAGAGCCAGACCACCCCCAGCUGAGGCUAAGAAAAUUCCUAAGUGUUACCGGUGUGGCAAGCUUGGCCACAUCCAGCCAAACUGUCCAGUUCCUGAUGAAGGUGAAACCCAAUCUGCACUGUGUAAAGUACGCCGCAGGCGUAGAAGUUUCUUUGGAAGAUGUUACAAGUGCCAAGUGAUGGGUCAUCAGGCCCGGAAUUGUAAGACUUACAAAAAUGUUACAGUACAGAAGUCUUAUUAUGAGCCUUCCAUCUGUGAGAGUGACUCCCUUGAAGAGGAUAAGGUGUUGAGUCGAGAGAAGACUACUGUGGAGAACCCUAUUGGCAUGAAGGUGGUCCCUGAAACCUCUGAUACCCCCGAUAGAUCUAAAGGACUGGGUCUGGGUAAGCGCAGGUCUUCAUGUAGGGCAAAUGUUAGGGUCUCAGGUAACAGUAGUGACACCAACAUUAUUGACUGUUUUACUGUUGAGGCAUGCCAGGGCGUACGGCAAGCGAGGUCGUUGCCGGUUUGUCCAAGGGGAGAAUGUAGGGGACAGGAAGAAUCCUUCCCCUGUUUGUCUUCCAGUGACAUCAUCCAGCCCAGUUGCAUGCUGGAUAGUGACCCGAUUGGCUGGGAACCCCAGUGCAUCCUGGGGAGAAAGGGUGUGCCUGACUUUGGAGCCAAAAGCACAGGGUCUCCCAGGAAGAGAGCUGAGAGAGCCAGCGUGAGUAGCUGUAAGAUUGUGAGGUGCAGAGAAGAAGCUGCUGAAUCUGGGGAGAUUGAGCCCAGCCUGUCCCCUGCCAAGUUGCUGCAAACUCAGAAGGAGAAAGGUGCCACUAGUGAGACUGAUUCUGCUGCAGAGCUGUGUGUGAUCUCCUGUGUGAAUUCCUCUGAGAGCACCCCGGUGAGUGAGCCACCCAAGGGAGGAUACUGGCACGGAUACAAGCGUGGGGCCCCAUACUGAAGACAGCUGUUAACCCUUUACCUGCUACAAGAGAGCUGCUGCCAACAUUCAAAAGGGAGAGGUACUUUUGGGGAAUAAGGUAGCGCUACCUGGGGAGUAAGAGCUCUGGGGAAGGGACAAUCAUUUGAACUGUGUGAUUAUUAACCCCUUCAGGAGGAUUGGGACUGUGAUAUCUACCAAGGACUGUGUGAAGCAACAGUUAAGCACCUAAUAGUGGUUUAGGGAGUGUCCCACGUGUCCCCAGUGUAGGAGUGCAGAGUGUAUUAGUUGCCCAAGUGUUUACUUUUUGUUUAUAUAAAGUUUAUAUUGGUUCAAAUUGCAAA